AUGCCUUUAGGAGGAGCAAUAAAAACGGGUGCUAGCUAUGGAAACAGAUGUGUGCAAACCAACAGCAGCGUCAGCUAGGGAAAGACGUGGGUACCCCAAGGGCCUCCAGCCACAGGUGGGUGGGAAGGGGGCGAGGGCGGGCAGAGUCUGCUCUCCGCCCCUCCGCAGGCCCCACAGUCGCGAGCAGGGGGAGGCCCACGCGGGACCCGCGCGCUUUACACUGCACAGCACGGCCGCUAGGAGUCCGAAGGCGCUCGGGCCGGGGGCCCUUCUCCUACCUCUCGCUGAGAGCAAUGGGUGGACUCAUUGGACAAAGCUGGCCUAUGUUGUUUGCCAGUGGAGGCUUCAAGGUGAAACUCUAUGACAUUGAGCAAGAACAGAUAACGAAUGCCCUGGAAAAUAUCAGAAAGGAGUUGAAGAGGCUGGAGCAGGCUGAUUCUCUGAAAGGUUCUGUAAGUGCAGAACAGCAGCUGUCACUCAUCAGUGGUUGCUCCAACAUUACAGAGGCAGUAGAGGGCGCCAUGCACAUUCAGGAACAAAAAGACCAAAGACAAAAGACAGACCAAAGAACAACGACCAAUGAACGACGAACGACGAACGACGAACGACGAACUUUAUUCGAGGAAGCGUCUGGGUUAUAUAGCAAGCAUAAGCCAAUCAGAGUCAGUCUGAGAUAUUAGCCUAUCAAGGGUCAGUCACUAGGCAGUUAGCAAGCAUAAACCAAUCAGAGUCAGUCUGAGAUA